AGGUGAAAAAGUUUUUAAGUUUGGUGCACAUUUUAAUCACAUAACUUUUACUGUCAUGGAAUAAAUCAUUUUAAUGAGAUCAUUAAUCUCUAACUCCAAUUAUUUCUUUUACAGCGAAAAGCUAUUGAAAGAUUUUGUGCAGAGGUAAAAAGGCUGUGCCACGUGAAAAGAGGAAGGAUUUUGUGUCGGAAGCCUACUUGCUCACCCAAGGAAAAUUUAUCAAUAUGUUUACGGGGCUAGAUAAACUGAAAAACAUGAAAUCAAGUGUGAAAAAUGAUUACGCUCCCAAUCGCCGUGCCGCCCAGUUCUUGAAAGUUUUGGCAGCUUCACACACCCUGCAGGAGUCGCAGAAUUUAUCCAUAUUUCUCAUUACACAGAACAAAUUUUGAGACAUGGUGAAAGAGAAUUUGGAAUAAAUAAUCGGUUACGAAGAGCUUCUGUCCGAUCUUGUCAAUCUGUGUGUGCACAUGUUCGAAACAAAAAUGUACCUAACACCCACCGAAAAGCACAUGCUGGUCAAAGUGAGUAUCAUGUCAUCCCUAGGGUGUCUGCAGGUCUGGAAAACCGGGAAAAAUCAGGGAAUUUGAUCACUGUCUGGAAAACUGGGGAAAGUCGAGGAAUUCGAUCGAAAACCGGUGAAAGUCAGGGAAUUUUUGCAAUUCGAACAUUUCGCGGCUAUUUUUGCUCGUCACUGCCGAAUUGGCCGAGUAGCGCGCUUGCGUGGCUGAUAAUGUAAACUGCUCUGUUCAACCAGUUUGCAACACGGCCGCUAGGUUCACUAAUUUGUGUUCGCUAACUUUAAAGAUCGAAUCGAUCUGCCCUAUUUAAUUUAUCUACUUAAUUCAUGCCAAAUGGCAAGAUAGACUAAAUAGACUUGAAUGAAGUUAACUUGCU